GGAGGGAGACAGAUUGUGUUUUGUUAUGGAGGGUUAGGGUUUGGCUUUCUCGUCUCUCGAACUUUUGCUCGCUUGCUUUCCUGUCGGCCCUUUGAUUUCCGGCCCCGCACUCACUUGCAUUGCUCCUUUGGAAACCAUCUGCUCCCUCUGACUUAAUCUCUCGUGUUUGCCGUCGGGCUCUUGUCUCGGAUCCGGCCAUUCCACCGAGGCCGUCUUCUUCUUCUCUUCCUCCCGCCUCCCUCUCUCGCCCCGUUCUUGGAGUUUUUUGAAGUCUGGUUGUAGCGUUGAGCAGGGCCAUUCCUGUUGGCCGAUUCGCGCAUCAUGUCGCGUGUUUAUGUCGGCAACCUGGAUCCGCGGGCAACCGAGAGGGAACUGGAGGACGAAUUUCGUGUCUACGGCGUGCUCCGCAGUGUAUGGGUAGCCCGGAAGCCGGCGGGUUUUGCUUUUGUGGAGUUCGAUGAUAUACGAGAUGCACGGGAUGCAAUUCGGGCUCUUGACGGUAAGAAUGGUUGGCGAGUUGAGCUCUCUCGGAGUUCAGGCGGAGGCGGUGGGCCUCGUGGUCGUGGAGGGGAUGACAUGAAAUGCUACGAAUGUGGAGAGCCUGGCCAUUUUGCAAGAGAAUGUCGUCUUCGUAUAGGGGCUGGAGGUCUGGGUAGUGGAGGCCGUGGUAAAAGCCCUCGCGCCAGUCCAAGAUAUCGUCGCAGCCCAAGCUAUGGUGGCCGAAGCCCACGGUAUCGUCGCAGUCCAAGCUAUGGCUAUGGUGGCCGGAGCAGUCCGCAGGUUCGAGGAAGGAGCAAAUCCUCACCACGCCUAAGAAGUGUCUCGCCGGUUCGCCGAGGUAGAAGCCCCAGUCGAUCGCCCCCACCUAGACGUGACCGCCGCGGAUCCCCGGUCGCCAAUGGGAGUCCGAUAGCAGCCCGUGACCGCCGUAGGAGCAGGAGCAGAAGUCCUUGAAGAUAUUUAUCUGAAGGUUUAUGCUGCAAUUUAUGCCCCCCUGAAGUCGAGGAGUUGUUCUGUCAGAAAAAGUCUUUUCUGCAUCUGGUGUCUGCACUUCCACGCCCUCGCAGGUCCUAGAGCGUGUGUUGAGGUGGGCUUGAUACUAAUUUUUGAGUUGCCAUGAGCUCACGAUAUUAGGCAUGUAAAAGCUUUGGACCUCCCUUUGAUUUUGCUGGCUGCUUCAAUUGAACUACCUUGUGUCAAAGCUUCAGCUGCCUCCAACCUUGGAUGCUUUCUGUGGUUUUCAUUGUUUUAUUGGUUUUGUCCAUGGAUCGAACAUGUGUCGGUUCAACUUGUGGUAACUCAUUGAGUGUUUAAAAUCCUUCUUUGUCAAGACAUAAGGAUGUUCAACUUACCGAGGCUGCCAUUUGUUGGUGUUUUGUGAGGUGUGGUUGCCUGAAACGGCAUGGCACGACAUUAUUCUGCUCUGCUCUUCCUCCUGGCUCCUGCGAUAUACUUCAAAAUUUCCCUCAGUCCUUUGGGUGUCAUUUUCCUGCAUCGUUUUCAUCACAUGUCUGCUCGGCUCAUCCGGCAAUGUUGGUGCUUCUGGAAAGGUUUUUGAAAUCUGCUUGUGGCUUCUUGUUAUCACCAGCUCGCUUCUCAGUCCAAGUAAGUUGUUUUGUUUCACGUAUAUGUAACAAUAAGGCUUUUCGUAUCAUGGCUAUAAGCUAUGGCGAAAACCAUCUGAUUUUUCUCAUAGAUUUCUGGGCUUCUCACCUUCACCAUUGCUUCAACCCUCACUGAAUUAGCUGACAUGUUUAUGGAAUAAAAUAAUGUACUAAAACUGCAUUAAUAGGGCUGGACGAAGAUUUCUUUCUUCUUAAUGCUCUUACGUGGACUAAACACGCCAGGAGAUGUUUUCAUGAAGGAUACUCGAAGUCUCUCAUCACGAACUGUUCUGCAUCCUCUACGCUUAGCUACUUCUUUGCCAGUCUAUUUGGAGGUCUGCUCUUCUUCUUGACGAACUGACUUCAAACCUUCCCGUUUCUUUAAGCUCUAUCCAACCAGUUACGUUUCUGCUGUGUCGAGAGUACAUUCCUUAGGGUUGAAGUUACUUGGGUGUGUCUUAGGUUGCACUACCUAGUCGUGAUAAACUACGAAGUUAAUUGACCAAAUAUACAUGAAUAUGUACGUAUUACUCGAACUGUUCACUAUUAUGUCUGCUAUCAUAAUAUAAAGUUGCAUGACUAUCUAUUGGAACAAUUCUACCA